AGUUGUUACUAGCGUAGGGGCUAGGGCUGAGUUCUUGGAGGUUUUGCUCCAUUUUUCUAUCUUGACUCUUGAGGAGCUCUCCUUCUCUCAUUCAUUUUAGCUCCGACUCGUCAAAGGUUCCAUGGCGCCGCCUCCUGGUCCUUACUCCGGUACCAGCACCCUCGCUCUGGUGGCUCGUGCUUCAGCCUUCACCUUCGGCAUCGUUUAUGGAAGCCUGAAGCUCAAGUAUCUCAAGGCAAAAGCAAAGUCACGUAGUAAGGCAGAGGCCAAGGCUCAUCAUUGAAAAAAAGAUGGCUACCAUUGUUGAUUUUUCAAUCCAAAUAAUGCAUAACGAUAUAGAACUUCAGAAGUGAUUUCCCUCGUGUAAAGUUUAGUUAACAAUUUGAUUUCUUUCACAUCUCUGCAAUUUUGUUGAAGUCAUUUUGCGUGCCAAAACAUGUUUACGGCCGUUAUAUCCUUCAUUGUUUGGUAGCACAGUAAAAGAUAAUGUUCAAGGGAUACCUUCUCAAAUAACCUUUUUUUUUUAUAAAUUAUGGCUAUCUCCUAUUUGAAUCUU